UACUUAUCAACAGUAAACAUCAUUAUCACAAUUGGUUCGGUCUUGGUCAGCCUAUUGAAGACGUAUCUUCUAGUUUGUCAAAAUGAAGACAUCCUUCCUAUCGUUUCUCGUAAUUUCCCUCGUAGGAUGUAAGUGCGACUAUAUUUUUCAAACCCAAUAUGCCGAAGUUCCCGUUGACCACUUCAGUUACACCAACAACCACACCUUCAAGGUGAAAUACCUUAUAAACGACAGCUAUUGGUCGGACGAUGGGCCGAUCUUCUUCUACACCGGAAAUGAAGGGAGCAUUGAAUUAUUUGCACAAAACUCGGGUUUCAUCAUGGAGUUAGCACCCAAGUUCAAUGCCCUCGUUGUGUUUUGUGAGCAUAGAUACUACGGCACAUCACUACCAUACGGCAAUUUAUCAUACACCAAACCAGAAUAUCUCGGCUUUCUUUCGUCCGAACAAGCCUUACACGACUUCGUGGAUGUGAUUGAUGUUCUUCAGCAGUCAAAAUAUGGCACAAACGGUCCUCUGCCUGUCAUAGCCUUCGGAGGUUCUUACGGCGGAAUGUUAUCCACUUGGAUACGUUUGAAAUACCCCGCCUCAGUCCUUGGUGCAAUAGCGGCUUCAGCGCCCAUUUGGCAGUUCACCGAUUUGACACCAUGUGGUAUCUUCAAUACCAUCGUGACCAACGUAUAUUCGUCAUCAGCAAAGGAUUACAUCUGCAGUGAUGCCAUACGGAAAUUCUGGCCAGCUUUAAGAAAGGUAACGAAGACACCGGAUGGCAAAGCUUGGUUGAGCUCAGACUGGAAGCUUUGCAAGAACAUCACCAAGGACGACGAUGUUCAAAGUUUCGUUGAUGACAUAUCGAACGCAUUGGUGAAUUUGGCGAUGGCCAACUAUCCCUACCCAAGUACCUUUUUGGGUGACCUACCAGCAUAUCCUGUCAACGCUCUAUGCGAGAGACUUGAAGGAUUUCAGAAUUACACAAAAGACGAUAAAGGUUACAUAAGUUUCAUUGGAAAAGCCGUAAAUAUCUAUACAAACUAUAGCGGUAAGGCCAAAUGCAACGAUUUUGGAGACGUUGACGGAUUGAGCACAAAUGGUUGGGACUACCAGACCUGCACGGAGAUGGUGAUGCCCAUGUGUUCGGAGCAGGAGGAUAUGUUCGAAACUAGCCCAUGGGACUUCAAAAAAUUCUCGGCAGAUUGCGUGAAGAAGUGGGGUGUGAAGCCACGUAACCCAAAAGAGGUGAUCCUACAGUAUGGUGGGCAGAACUUGAAGUAUGCCUCGAACAUUGUAUUCAGCAACGGUCUCCUUGAUCCCUGGUCUGGUGGCGGUGUACUCAGCAAUAUCUCAAGAACGGUAUCGGCGAUUAUCAUUCCAGAAGGUGCCCACCAUCUCGAUUUGAGAUCUUCGAACUCUGCAGAUCCGUAUUCUGUGAAGAGGGCCAGAAAAUUCCACGCCGACAGUAUUACUCACUGGCUGAGAAGGUAUCAUUAUGAGAAAGUCGAUGGGGAAGUACUGCGAGUGUGAAUGCAUUCUACUCCAAUGAUCCCCAUUUUUGGACUGCUUCAAGACUUAUUGUAUUAUAUUUUUUCUUAAUACCUCAUACCCAAUUUGAAAUAAAAAAGAGCAGAGUA